ACGUAGGGGGCGUGGAGAAGCGAGAGCUGGGCCAGGCUGCACUGCCAGGCUAGCGGAGGGCGAGCGGCGGAGAGACGGACACACACACAGUCAUGUCCAUCGCCGAGGGGAAGAACGGAGCCGCCGGCACCGUGGCCGACUCCAGACUGGGCAUCCGCAGCGUUGGGAAUAAAGUGACGGUGGUGCUUGGAGCUCAGUGGGGCGACGAAGGCAAAGGGAAAGUCGUGGAUCUGCUGGCCCAGGACGCCGACAUCGUCUGCAGAUGUCAGGGGGGCAAUAACGCCGGGCACACGGUGGUGGUAGACUCAGUGGAGUACGACUUCCACCUCCUCCCCAGUGGCAUCAUCAACCCCGAAGUCACCGCCUUCAUCGGUAACGGGGUGGUGAUCCAUCUCCCGGGGCUGUUCGAGGAGGCGGAGAAGAACGUGUCCAAAGGGAAAGGUCUGGAGGGCUGGGAGAACCGGCUGAUCAUCUCCGACCGAGCACACAUCGUGUUUGAUUUCCACCAGGCUGUCGACGGGGUGCAGGAGCAGCAGAGACAGCAGCAGGCCGGCAAGAACUUGGGCACGACAAAGAAGGGGAUCGGCCCGGUGUACUCAGCCAAGGCCGCGCGCAGCGGUCUGCGGAUAUGUGACCUCCUGGCGGACUUCCAAGAAUUCUCAGAGAGAUUUAAAGUAUUAGCGCUGCAGUACAAGACCAUGUACCCCACGCUGGAGGUGGACAUCGACGGAGAGCUGGAGAGGUUAAAGGUGUAUGUAGACAGGAUAAAGCCGAUGGUCAGGGAUGGUGUGUAUUUCCUGUACGAGGCUCUGCACGGCCCCCCCAAGAAGAUCCUGGUGGAGGGGGCCAACGCCGCCCUGCUGGACAUCGACUUUGGGACCUACCCGUUUGUGACCUCGUCGAACUGCACGGUGGGCGGGGUGUGCACGGGGCUGGGCAUGCCCCCCCAGAACGUGGGGGAGGUGUACGGCGUGGUGAAGGCCUACACCACCCGCGUGGGCAUCGGGGCCUUCCCCUCCGAGCAGGACAACGACAUCGGGGCCCUGCUCCAGACACGGGGGCGGGAGGUGGGCGUGACCACGGGGCGGAAGAGGAGGUGUGGCUGGCUGGACCUGGUGCUGCUCCGAUACGCCCACAUGAUCAACGGCUUCACCGCUAUAGCCCUUACUAAGCUGGACAUCCUGGACGUGUUUUCAGAAAUUAAAGUGGGCGUGGCCUACAAGGUCAACAAUGAACCGAUACCUCAUUUCCCAGCCAAUCAGGAGGUGCUGCACCAGGUGGAGGUGCAGUACGAGACCCUGCCCGGCUGGAACACGGACACCUCCGCGGCCCGGACCUUCCAGGACCUCCCUGAGGAGGCGCAGCGCUACGUGCGCUACGUGGAGGAGCGCCUGCAAGUGCCUGUGAAGUGGAUCGGCGUGGGUAAAUCUCGGGAGUCCAUGAUCCAGGUCUUCUGAGGACUACAUAUCCCAGCAAGCUCCAAUCCCCCCCCCCCCCCCAAGAUUCUAC